GUCCCUCUCAUGUUGUCUUAGACAUGUUGAACAGUUUCAUAUUCUAAUUUGCGCCAAAAAAUCAUCACAAUAUGUCAAAUGUACCGGCAAAUGCUCCUCAAUCUUGCCCAGGAACAAAUAGUGAUUCCGCUGGAACAGCUGAAGGAUGCACAGGAUGUCCAAAUCAAGCUGCAUGUGCUUCUGGGCCAAAGGGACCAGACCCAGAUAUGGCAUUGAUAAGAUCACGCCUAUCAUCUGUUGGCCAUGUUAUUCUGGUACUCUCUGGGAAAGGUGGAGUGGGGAAAUCGACAGUAACUGCCAUGCUGGCAAAGAUCCUUGCAGAGGAAUCAAAAGUGGUUGGAGAUAGCGCCAAAGAAAAACAGGUAGCCGUUCUCGAUGUUGAUAUUUGCGGACCCUCACAGCCGAGCAUGAUGGGAGUCGAAGGUGAACAGGUUCAUCAGUCUGGGAGUGGUUGGAGUCCAAUAUUCGCUGAUGAAAACCUUGCUCUAAUGAGUAUAGGUUUUUUGUUAGGAAGCAAAGACGACGCUGUCAUUUGGAGGGGACCACGAAAAAAUGGGAUAAUCAAGCAAUUCCUUCGAGACGUAGACUGGGGCGAGCUAGAUUACUUAUUAGUGGACACGCCUCCUGGUACCUCAGAUGAGCAUCUAACGAUAGUUCAAUACAUGCGAGGCUGUACAAAUCUCGAUGGAGCCAUCUUAGUUACGACGCCGCAGGAGGUAGCUGUGCAGGACGUACGCAAAGAACUUAACUUCUGCAAGAAGGUUUCACUUCCGGUGAUAGGUGUUAUAGAAAAUAUGAAGGGAUUUGUAUGUCCCAAAUGUGCCAAAGAGUCAGAAAUAUUUCCUGCUUCUGGGGGAUGCCAAAAAAUGUGCAACGACUACGGACUACGACUCCUCGGGCAGGUGCCUCUUGAUCCACUAGUCGCCCGUUGCUGUGAUGAAGGUAAAUUCUUUGUGCGAGAGUUUCCUGACAGUCCAGCGGCAAUUGCCUAUAAAAACAUUGUUGGAAAUAUCAAGAAAAUUGUUGAAAAGGAUACAGUAAAUUCAGCGUAAUAUGGAAUUCCACUAAUUCUGCACGACGUUAGAUAUAGCUAAUAUAUCAUUGGAUGAUAAAUAAAUCUAUAUAUGUCUGUUUCACACAAAAACUGUGAAUUCGUCUUUAAU